GACCCCAGACUUUUCUGUUCUUGUGCGUGUAACGUGUGUGCAUGUGUAUGGACAAAACUGCUGCAUUUUAGAAAAAGGGAGAGAUAGAAACAUCUAGAAGACACUCAAGUGUUUUCCACUUCAUGCUGCAGAAUUAGCAGGUACAACCCAGUGCUUCCUGAUAGAGUUUGUGCAGCUCUGGGGAGGGGGGAGGGGCGUUGCAGGCAGAUAGCACCACACGGACAGAGCAGAGUGAAAGUGUUUCCACCCAUCUACACUCAACGGCCCUUUUGCAAGCUGCAGCUCAGCAAGUCCUGCCGGCUGUCAUGUUCCUCUAACAAGAGGAGGGGAGGCGGUGUGCACAAGUUAACACGUCUUUGGCUUCUUCAGAACAGAGAAAAAAAAAAUUAAGAUGAAUCCCACAAUGCCUUGAGCGUUCCGUCCUCCGUUCGAGUGCAUCGGGGACAAAAAAAUGUGAGGAGCCAUGAUUGUGGAUUGUAACGUGCGUUUAAAAAAAAAAUCGCAUGAAGGAUCGGAGCCUCCUUUCUCCAUGUGUGUUUAUUUUUUGAUUUUAUUUCUUGGAUUUUGAAAGAGCGAAGGAAUUUGCCAAGGUUGGUACUGAGAAGUGCCUUUCCUGGAAUCUCUGCUGCUUGGAACAGCUUCUAGAGCAGUCUCUGCUUUUUUUUGCCUUGCUUGCUACCAGCUAGACUGCAAGAACUGCACAUCCAACCCCUUCGGCUUUAGUACAAUCGCCCGUCCCCCCCUUCCUCCUUUUCCCCUUUGCCCCCCACCCCCUCCCUUUCAUUCCCACCUAGAUCUGAAAGAAAGAGAGAGAGAGAGAGAGAGGGGAGAGAGAGGGAGAGAGAAAGAGGGACAGAGAGAGAGAGAAAAAAAACCCAAACUUUUCGCAGUAUAUCAGCCUGGCAUUGCUGUCUUGCUAUUUCACUGUAACGAACAAAGAAUUUUAAUAUAACAACAAAAAAUAAAUCGACUCUGCUGAAAAGAUAGCCUUCUGCCUGAAACAAUCAAGGAAAUUAAAACAAUAUAAAAGGAACCGUUGAUCACUUUAAAUUGCUGCAAGCAGCAGGGCAGACUUGAUCAAUAUUGAUUACAAACCAUUGAAACCGUUUGCCAAAUCAGCUGGCUGGAUGUUGCCUUUCAAAUAACUGUACUGGAAACAACUGGGAUACUCACUGUCAGCAAAGGAAUUGCCCCAUUUCUAAACUUCAAAACGGGCUCCAUGUUGGCAACACAGAAUGGGUCACUGAGAGUACAAAUCUUGUCCCGAGUCUGACAUACAGCUCCUUGCCGGUGAUAGCACUGUUGCUUUUCCAACCAAAAUAUAUAUAUAUAAAAAAAAGAAGAAAGCUCUUUUUCUUUCUGAAAUUCUUUUUUUUUUUAAAAAAAAGAAUCCUCGCCAAUCUCAUGCCAGGGGUUUUCUCUGAAAGGAGACUUCCUCGUGGUGAUCUUUCUGUCGAAAAAGCCUCGAGCCCGCUCAAAACGAGAAAAAAACAAAGGGUGUCUUCCCCUUCCCCCCCCCCCCCAAAAAAACGUCAAGUCUUUUUUAACCGACCUUCAUCGCACUGCAGUCAACGUGUUUAUCUCCACACUGGUCCGGACUAUCUCACCUGCCUGUUAACUCAAAAAACAUGGCCGUUAGCGUGACACAGAUACGGGACACAAAAUGGCUGACAUUGGAAGUGUGCAGAGAAUUUCAAAGAGGGACUUGCUCGCGACCGGACACGGAAUGUAAAUUUGCACACCCUUCCAAAAGUUGCCAAGUCGAAAAUGGACGUGUCAUCGCCUGCUUUGAUUCUCUGAAAGGUCGCUGCUCCAGAGAAAACUGCAAGUACCUUCACCCUCCACCCCACUUAAAAACACAGCUGGAGAUAAAUGGACGCAAUAACCUGAUACAGCAGAAAAACAUGGCCAUGCUGGCCCAGCAGAUGCAGUUAGCUAACGCCAUGAUGCCUGGGACCCCGCUGCAACCUGUGAUGACCGAUGGUGGACAGCGAGGGUGGUGGUUUAACGAGCCAAUGUUCUCCGUCACACCAGGCCUAGCGACUAAUCCCAACGCAGCCUUCAACCCCUACCUGGGACCUGUCUCCCCAAACUUGGUACCCGCUGAGAUUCUACCUAGUGCGCCGAUGCUAGUAACGGGGAAUCACGCUGUUCCAGUCCACACUGCAGCUGCCGCACAGAAGCUGAUGCGAACUGACCGUCUGGAGGUGUGUAGGGAGUUCCAACGUGGAAACUGUACCAGGGGCGAGAACGACUGUCGCUUUGCUCACCCAGCGGAUAUCGCGAUGGUGGACACCAACGACAACACGGUCACCGUGUGCAUGGAUUACAUCAAGGGCCGCUGCUCCCGGGAAAAGUGCAAGUACUUCCACCCCCCUGCCCACCUGCAGGCCAAGAUAAAGGCUGCGCAGCACCAAGUGAAUCAGGCAGCAGCUGCUCAGGCCGCUGCCACUGCAGCCGCCAUGACUCAGUCGGCUGUCAAAUCACUGAAGCGACCCCUCGAGGCAACCUUUGACCUGGGCCUUCCUCCUGGUGUCCUCCCCCCCUUACCAAAGAGACCUGCACUAGAAAAAGCCAACGGUGCCACGACUGUCUUUAACGCUGGUGUUUUCCAAUAUCAACAGGCCCUUGCAAACAUGCAACUACAUCAACAAACGGCCUUCAUCCCACCAGGCUCAAUAUUGUGCAUGACACCCGCUACAAGUGUUGUACCCAUGAUGCACGGUGCUAAUCCUGCAGCCGUAUCCGCGGCAACGACAUCUGCCACAAGUGUUCCCUUUGCAGCUACAGCCACCGCCAACCAGUUCCAAUGUUAUCUGAAGGAUGCUUAUCAUUUCCUGCAGCCUCCUUGCUCCGCGAUGCCCAUAAUAUCUGUAGAUCAUCUGACUAGCCAUAAGUACGUUACUCCGAUGUAGAAUAUCUCCGGGUCGAACAAUCAGCGUGAAGAGAUGACAGUGUGCCGGAACACCAUUACAGGGCAAGGGUCAACAGCCAUUCUGUAAAUACCACCAUCUUAUACCCAACCCCUCCCUCACCUCCCUCAGCCGGAAGCCUUUCCACCUUUUGCAUGCUCAUGAAACGGAAGUAUGGUUAUCCGGAAGGAAGCAUUGAAAAGAACGCUGCACACUGAGAUUUGCGUAGCCUGUAUGUUCCACCGAGAGUAAAGCUGAGGGAAAGUGACCUAUGGUCCAGAGUGCAACAUCGUCUGCCUUUACUCAGUACUGUGUUAUGCAUAGGUUCCGAGAUAUAUGCAUAAAUGACUCCCCCGUUUCUUUCACGCGUCUUCUCUCUCUCUCUCUUUCUCUCUCUUUCUCUCUCGACCCCUCCUCUCACUGGAAAGGUAAACUUGUACACUUUAGUAUGCAGUAUGUACUGGUACGCCUAUGAACCAUGCAAAUCAUUUUGAUGUUAGGUUUAAAUGGUUUUCCUUCAAGUUUACAAAAAUGGAGAAAAAAAAAGAAAAAAAACAAGAGGUGCACCUUGUAUUUAAAAAAAGUACUAUUUUACCAUUUUCAUCCAGAGUCAGUUGUGCAUGCACAGUGUUCUGUGUUAAGGUUAUAUUCUAGUGGAAUGUGAGAAAGACUUAAAGGGCAAUGGACAGAGAUGAAUGUGCUGGGCAAAGUUAACAUUUUUUUUUUAAAGCGCAUUAUGGCUUUAAAUACUGUGUCAUAAAUGUGUGUGGGGGGGUGGGGGGGGGUACACGUUAAGUGCCAUACAAGACUGUACAUCUAACCCUAAAGUAUUACUUCUGCAGUGUUAAAGCAAUUGUCUGAUGCAACAUAAUUCAAAACUUGUUAAAGAUAGUAAAAUUGGACAGUGCCACAAACUUUGUAACUUUAUCAUACAUGCCAAAGCACUCUCCGAAAUGGCAUCUUCACUCCAGAAUGAAUAGUGUGUAGCACACAAUAAAUAAAAAUAUAAUUUUUUUUUAUAAAGGGAAGUCUUGCAGCCUACUACUAUUUCACUGACACACAUUAUUAAUAUCUACCAUAUAAUUAAUAUCUACCAACGUAAAUGAAAAUUAAAUAAAAUGAAUGUCAUAACCACACAUGGCCAAGAAGGAUUUUCCUUGAUGCAAGUUGGCCACACAGAUUGGCAGCAAGUCAACUCUUAAGGGAAAGAAACCUAUUUCCGCUAAUUGCCAAGCAAGGUGCCAUGCUUCAGAGAUUCGAAUAGGCGAGCCACGUUUGUGCAGUUUUAAUUUGCCCCAAUAUCUUUAUUUUACCCUCUGUCCAAGAAAACAGAACCAAAAGUCAAUUAAGACUAUAAAAAAAAAAGACUUUAUGGAGAUGGAAACUGGCUUUGUGCUGAAUGUCUCACUGCAGUCACGUGCGUACAUUAUAAAGGCAAACUAAAGAAAAGUGACUCUAAGCUAGAUACCGAACAAAGCACUGUCAUUAAGAUGCAUGUUAAAACCAAAAUAUUAAUGAAAUUUAAGAUGUUUGUUAAAAGUAGCACCGGGGUGGGAUAUGUAUCCGGGUGAAUUUUAUAUGUGAUUUUUUUCAAAUUAUUGCAUUUAGCCUUAGAAAGCCUUCAAGAAAAAAAACACAAAAAACAAAAACAAAAAAAAAGAACAUUAGUUGUGUACUUUUAAUGGGUUUAUCCAAAGGAAUUCCUUUAUUUUUUUCCCUUCCCCCCCCCAAUAGGAAUCUUUUCUCUUUCUUUUCUGCAGCUUGUUAAAGAGGUAGUUCAGCAAAAGGUGGAUCAACUGCUGUAGUGGGGCCAGGUUACUAGAAGUAUCCUCAUAAGAAUGGAAGAAGCGCAGGUUCGAUUCUAGAACUUUCCAUACUUCCUAGCUCACUGCAAGGGUUUUGUUUUUAGAUAGAACUUGAAAGGUGCGCUUAAUAGUUUUAAAAGGGGUUGUUGAGUUGAUUUUAUUGAUUGUACUGUACAUCUAUUAAAGCCUUAGAUUAUAUAUUACGGGUUGAAACCCAUUUUAAAUGUUACUUCAAACCUGUUAAGAACACAUAGCUGAUAGAAUUCAAUUGUUAUUCAAGUUACUUAACAUGCUAGGACUUUGCUUAUUUUUUUCCUCCUUUGUUUAAAUUUGUAGUUUCUUACAUAUAUUAAGAUUAGAUUUGUCUUUAUUUUUUAUUCCGUUUAAACAUAAGAUAUUGUUUUCAUAUUUUAGUUGGUAGAUUUCUUCUGUUUAUCAGAAUUCACUGAUAAAAAAAAUUUCCAAAAGUUUAUGACAAAAAAGAUUUUUUUUUUCUCCCCCUUCAUCCUUCAUAACGUACUCAUAACUUUGAUUUAACUGUAGUGUCAUUUAAUUAUUCAUAUUAGUAUAACAACUUAAAGGAUGAUUUAUAUUGUACUGACUUAUGAUUACGAGCAUCAGUCAUCGUUACUUCAGUCCUGUUUGCAUUCAGAGAACAAAGACCUUUUAUAUGGAAAUCUUACAAUGAUAUGUUUCAUUGUGAAGUAUGAAGUUAAGUUGUUGCUAUGGCAACAAUCCUGGCAGACAAAUGUGUAAUAUUUUAAUGAUUUACUUUGUUUGUAAUUAGUCAUUACGGAAAUCUCUAGUUCCUAGAUAUUAGAACUGAAAAUUAUUUUCUACUGUAACCAUUUGAAAAUAGUAAGAUAUUGUUUUCUGAGUAUACUUUGAUCUCCCUCUUCUGAAUAUCCAGACCUUCUUUAAAUAGAAGCUGCAUAAUCAAUAGAUCAAAGGAUUUUUUUAUGUCAUGAAUUCAAAUAUUAAUCAAAGCUUACUUAUAAGAAAAGAGAAUUAAUCUGAGUUGUGUGUGCAAACACUUGAGGGUUGAUUAUGCUGCAGUUUUAGAGAAAAAAAAAGUGAUCGGGCCUACGGGAAGAAAGUUGACUUUUUGCACUUCUGUACAUAGUCAAGAGAGGGAAACCUGUAAAAUAGUAAGAUCUUAUUUUGAAUAAAAAAAAAUGUCUAU